UAUUCUGAUUAAUUCUUUCGUCUCAAUUUAUUUCAUAAUAUAGUUUAAUUGAGUAUAAAAUUUUAAAAAUGUGAAAUGAUUUUAAAAAUUUAUGAUCAAAUAAAUUAUAGAUUAUUUGUGUGGAUUAUGAUUAUAAAUCAGGUUCAUUAAAAUAAAAUUAAAAAUUAAAAAUAAAUAAUAAAUAUAAAAAUUGAUAUUCUUUUUAUAACUGUUAAAAAAAUAUAGUACUCCUAUACAUUAAGGCUGACAAAAUAUUAUUUAUAGUAAUUACUUCAACACACAGCAUAUGAGUUUCAUAUCUCUUUUACCCCAAACGAAGAUCCUCUGUUUGUAUAUCUCUUUGUCUUUCUCCAACACAAACUUUACAGUAGCUAAUUUUGGGAACCUCUGUAUGUGAAAAGCACAAAGGUUUUCUAUUUUGUUGUGAGAAUGGAAGAGAAAGUGAAAGGGGAGUUAGAAAGUUGGAUUUGGAUAUGUAUAGGAACAGGGGUAGUAACAGCUGUGUGGUUCAUAUAUAAGAUGAGAAAAAUUGAGAAGGAAGAGAAAGAAAGGGAGAUUGGAAUACCAAGAGGGAAUUCAGGUUGGCCAUUUAUAGGAGAAACAUUGGAUUUCAUUGCUUCUGGAUACACUGCUCGUCCUGUUACUUUCAUGGAGAAACGCAAGUCUCUGUACGGGAAAGUGUUCAAAAGUAAUAUACUAGGAAAAGGAAUAAUAGUAUCAACUGAUGCAGAGGUGAACAAGGCGAUUCUACAGAACAACGGGGAUGUAUUUAUACCAUGUUAUCCUAAAUCAAUAACAGAAUUAUUUGGGAAGAAUUCCAUAUUGCAAAUGAAUGGUCCAGUACAUAGGAGAGUGCAUGGACUAAUUGGGAGCUUCUUAAAGUCACCACAACUCAAGGCACGUAUUACACGAGACAUCGAAGCCUCCGUGAGCCAUUUCCUGUCAACAUGGCUUGAAAAACAACACUCUGUGUACGUACAAGAUGAAGCCAAAAAGAUUGCAUUUGAGGUACUGGUCAAGCUGAUACUAAGCGUGGGCCCUGGAGAAGAACUGAACUUGCUCAAGAAAGAAUUUGAAGAAUUCACCAAAGGCUUGAUUUGUUUGCCCAUUAAACUUCCCGGAACCACUCUCUACAAAUCUUUAAAGGCCAAAGAAAGGUUAUCAAGAAUGGUAGGGAAGAUGGUAGAGGAGAGAAAAUUGAGGAUGGAGAAAAAGGAAGAAAAGGGGUUACCAAAUGAUGCAAUUGACGUGCUGUUAGGAAAUGCUGAUGGGGCAAAGCAACCUCUGCCGUCUGAUUUCAUCAGUGGCAACUUGAUAGAGAUGAUGAUCCCUGGAGAAGAGACGGUACCAACGGCGAUCACCUUAGCUGUGAAAUUUCUUAGUGACAACCCUGUCGUUCUAGCUCGAUUGCUGGAGGAGAAUUUGGAAUUGAAGCAGCACAAGAUAAGUGGCUCUGCGGAUUAUAGUUGGACAGAUUAUAUGUCAUUGCCCUUCACUCAGAAUGUUAUCAGUGAAACGUUGAGAUUGGCAAAUAUCAUUAAUGCAGUUUGGAGAAAAGCUCUCAAAGAUGUCAAAAUCAAAGGGCAUUUGAUACCAAAAGGAUGGUGCGUUUUGGCAUCCUUCACCUCAGUUCACAUGGAUGAAGAAAAUUAUGAAAAUCCUUACAAUUUUGAUCCCUCCAGAUGGGAGAAAGCUGGAGUUGCUGUUACCAGCAACACGUUUACACCAUUUGGUGGUGGGCAGAGGCUAUGUCCUGGUUUAGAACUUUCAAGGCUUGAGAUCUCCAUUUUCCUUCACCAUCUCGUCACCACCUACAGAUGGGUGGCAAAGAAGGAUGAGAUUGUCUACUUCCCAACAGUGAAGAUGAAGAACAAGCUGCCUAUCAACAUCAUGCCCAUUGAGCAAAAUCCACUAAUUCAAAUCAAACAAACCUAACUUGCCCAAUAAACUUGGUUCUAUAUUAUGCUGCUUAUCAACAAUUAAUUUAUGUUACCCACAUCCUUUAUUAUCUCAAGAGAAAAUAUACCUCUAUGUUAAAGGUAGCAAACCUAGUACAAGGUUUUAUGUUUUGUUACUUUCAAUCAUUUUGAUAAGAUUGAACAGUCAAGAGGGUCUACUUGGAUUAUUAUUUGGUUCAA